AUGACCAGAAAGAUCCAACAAGGAUACCGAGCAAUUAAUGCCAAUAUGAGCUUCAAAGAGCCCCAGGAAGACCCGCCAUUGUUGAGCGGCGUUCGGAAAAGGCUCGAACGAGACUUUUGUCCUACGUGGCGCACAGAACAGGAUUUGCCUGAUGCUGCAAGGGCAUUUUAUCAGGAAGCGGCGGAUGUUGCAGCCAUUCCCCUCAAGCUGUUGCUCAUGACAUGCUCACAGGUGGAAAGACGGCUGGAGAUUUGGUCACACAAGAGAGAGAUGGAGAAAGAUCCAGAUGAGGAGAAAGGGAAAGGCAAAUCUGUAGCACAAUGA